CUGCCUGCCAGCCACACAUAUAAACACUCAGAUCUUCACAGGUAUGGAGGAACUUCUGUUACCGAACGUUGAGGAGGAGGUGCGCUCUGACAGCAGCUCGUACGCGCCUGGAAAUGCAGAGAAGACGAUGGGGGACCAAAUGAAGACUUUCCUCCUGAAGACAGUGAAGGGGGACCUGAGGACGGUGAAGAAUUUCUUUAAGAGGAAUGGGCUGCUCACGCUGUCAGUCAUCUCUGUGAUCACCGGCUGCACGCUAGGCUUUAUGUUGAGAGGAAGUCAGAUGUCUACACAGGCCAAGAUCUACUUUUCUUUUCCUGGUGAGCUGCUGAUGAGGAUGCUGAAGAUGCUCAUCCUUCCUCUCAUCACGUCCAGUUUAAUGUCGGGUCUAUCAUCGAUGGAGUCGAAGGCAUGUUGCCGAAUGGGUGUCCUCACCGUCACAUACUACCUCUGGACCACCUUCAUCGCUGUAGUGGUCGGCAUCUUUCUCGUGAUCAUCAUCAAACCAGGUGUGGGCACAGAGAUGGAGAGCAACCGGCUGGGUGGCGGGCCUGUCAUGACCUCAGCUGAUGCCCUCCUCGACCUCAUCAGAAACAUGGUUCCUUCCAAUCUAAUUGAGGCCACAUUUCAACAGUACAAAACAGACCUGAUUCCCAUCCUCAAAGUCCCAACCAAAACAAUUCAGCCCAACUUUGUCUAUGUGAUCCCUGAUGACAAUGACCCCAAAGGGCGCAUGGUGUACCUCGAGCUGACUCCUCCUCCAGAUGUCAUAUACAAGACAAGUCCAGGCAGCAGCCAGCAGAUGAAUGUCCUUGGCAUCGUUAUCUUCUCUGCAACUAUGGGUUUGUUGCUGGGCAGGAUGGGAGAGCGAGGAGUCCCACUGAUCAAUGUCUGUCAGUGCAUCAACGAGUGUGUCAUGAAGAUCAUCAACGCUGCUGUUUGGUAUUUUCCAUUUGGGAUUAUCUUUUUGGUGGCGGGGAAGAUCCUGGACAUGCAGGAUCCGAGCACACUGGGGAAGAAGUUGGGCUGGUACGGUGUUACUGUGCUCACCGGGCUCUUUGUUCAUGGACUUGUCCUCCUUCCUCUCUUCUACUUCCUUCUCACCAGGAAGAACCCCUUCAGCUAUAUCCGUGGCCUCCUGCAGGCCUUGGUCAUCGCCCUGGCAACCUCCUCCAGCUCUGCCACACUGCCUAUCACCAUGAAGUGUUUGCUGGAAAACUGUCAUGUGGACCGGCAGAUCGCUCGUUUUGUUCUCCCAGUGGGUGCCACUAUCAACAUGGAUGGGACAGCUCUCUAUGAGGCAGUGGCAGCCAUCUUUAUUGCUCAGGUUAAUGACUACGAGCUGGACUUUGGCCAAUUGGUCACCAUCAGUAUCACAGCUACAGCCGCCAGUAUUGGAGCAGCUGGGAUUCCUCAGGCUGGUCUGGUUACCAUGGUAAUCGUACUCACAUCAGUAGGCCUGCCACCAGAUGACAUCACACUAAUCGUAGCCAUUGAUUGGAUCCUUGACAGGUUUCGUACCAUGAUCAACGUUCUUGGUGACGCCCUUGCAGCAGGAAUCAUUGCGCACCUCUGUCGGAAAGACUUUCCCCUGAGCACAGCAGGAAAGCCUGCGCCGUCCUAUGGGACGCAGACUCCGCACAAAAACUCCAACACGGUCGAUGUGCCAAUGACGGAGAUGCACACACACAAAGACUGCACGUUCGAUUUGACGGGUGACUCGGUGAGCCAGAUGAAUGCACACACAGUCUACUACAACAUCUGCCAGGUGUGAAUGGAGAGAGUGGAGCAACUCACCUUGCAAAGGUCCAACUGGGUCUGUGAGACCUCAUAGUGCCAUCUGAACAGGAUUGUUAAGAAGAGAUUAAUUCUAUACAGGAACCUCCUUCUUGGUGUCAGCUUGAUUAAACUAACUUGAGGUGGAGGUGGCCAAAACUGGACUGCUUAUUUCGGAGCUUCUCUUGCUCAUUAAGGACAAGAAAUGUGUGAGGUAACACAUUUCAGCAGCCUCUAUUGUUCUCAUUUUCAGCACUCCAGCAACCCCUCAACUCAUCUGUUGUCUCAAAAAAGCUCCUGUCUCUUUCAGGCCUGGGCAUAAGCCCACAUUCAUCUGAUUAGGCACUUUCUGGAAGCCUGCAGAGGGGCAGCACCCAGUGCUCAUGAACAGCACAGAGCAGUCUGAAGCUGGCACUUUUUGUUCACUGGGAUUACUUUUACAUUUAAUAACAUCAGAGACUGCAGCAGUGAAUGCAGGACAGAAAACAAGAAAAAGCAGAUAGGGUCCCUUUAAAAGAAGCCCUCCAGCUACAGGAAUUGCAGGCUUUAUUGCAUCGGCUUAUUUUGGUCCACUGUGGCUGAAAUAAAUGGGUUUGUGUUGCUGUGCUGAUCAUAGCCACCAUGUGGUUAGAAUGACUGGGUGUCACAUGUCACGAAUUAAAGCCACCUAAAUGUCAAACUAUUGUUUUUAUUAUUAUUGUUUGUAACUGCAGGUAAAAUGAGUUUUCCUUUCAGGAGAAGUUCAUUUUAUUCCGGUUUCAUAUAAGAAAUCCAGUUCCUGAUGUUGCCAGUGGAAACAUGGAGCUGUUUCCACUGGCAAGACACUGGACUGCGAUCUGAUUGGCUGAUGCUCGGUGCACACACUGGGUGAAGGGUUAAAGUGUAAUGAACAAAUUCAAGUGCUCUUCCUCUUGUAGAGUCAACCUUCUUCUGAUUCCUUUGUAUACAGUAGCAUGCUGGCAUGCGUUCUCACUGACUUCAUGCAAAGUCGAGGUGCAUUAUUUUCUUCUUUUUGUUUUUUGUUUUUUCACUUGAAUAUUGCAAAGGUAAACAAAGUGCUGUGUGGAUUUGUGGAAUUUUGUCGAUGACAGUUGCAGCUAAUGUGAACAGAUUUUAAUUUAAUUCUGGGUCUACUAAACAUUCAGAAUUGGUUACUUUCAGUGAUUUAUCAGAAGCCUCUGGAGCCACAAAACCAACUUUCUGUUAAGGCCAGGAGAUCUGAAAAGCACACCACAAAUAAGUGCUCUCAAUUUACUAAUUCACUUGUAAGGAUUAAUGAAAGGAGCUCUGCAUAAUCUAUAGCAAAAUCAGCAUUAUGGGGCUCAAGUUUGUGCAUAGCUGAUGCUCACACUCCAUCCUCAGUGACAAAACAUAGUUGACAAGGCUUUUCUGAACCACUAAGAUGUACUGUAUGUGCUAUAUGUCUUCUAUGUAAUACAACAACUCAUGUCAUCUGAGUUGGCGUGAUGAAGAUACCAAUACUGGCUACGUGCUGAGUGACGUCAUGCUUAUGUAGCUCAAGAUGCAACCAACAGUUGCAAGGGAAAAAUUUGGAUGUCAGCUACAAAUUGAAAGGUUGGUAGUUGGAUCUCCAUCUGCUCCAGUCAAUAUGUCAAAUAUCCUUGGGCAAGUUGCUCUCUGAUGCAUCCAUCGGAGUAUGAAUGUGUGACAGAUAGAAAGCAUUUACAUAGAAAAAGUGCUUGUGUGAAUCGGUGUGAAUGGAUAAAAUGGGUCACGAAGAGGGUGCUGUACCAAAAGCCUCCUUGUGAUGGCUUUGGUUGCUAGCAGAUUACCCAUAGUUUGUUACCCAUAGUUUGUUACCCAUAGUUUGUUACCCAUAGUUUGCAUGUAAGACAUGAGAUUAUAUGCAAACACUCAAAAGCUACUCACCAGAUGGUAGUCAAACUGUAAAAACUGCAACACAAGGCAGAUAUGGAGAAUAACUGCCUUUAACGUAAAAGUUACGUCUCAACACAACAAUCAACACGUUUCAAAACACCCAACUCUAUAAAAUACAUAUGUCUAUAUUAAAUUAAAAGCACAACAAUAAGUAACUGGUAUGUAGAAAUUGGUAUUCUGAGAGCACAACGUUGUCAGUUGCAUGUUGUGUUUGUUGUUGUGUUUAUCUUCACAAUAAUAUUUCCAGGUCCGAAUGUCAGAAAUUCAUCAAUCUAAACAAUAUGGAUCCCUGGAAAUUCUGACACAAUAAUAGUGUUAUUAAUGUUUUCUAAUUAUGUACUUUUCUAACCUUUCCAGUACUUCUUAGCUGUGUAUAUUACCUUGAGUUUGGGAGUCUGUACUGAAAAUAAAAAUAGAAUGAAAUAUUGACUAUUUAUCUUCAGGGCUAAAAGUGAGAUGGAGAAAUUAAAGGAAAGAUUAAAGAUUUGUAUGCUGCAUGAGUUGAUGUUCAGUGGUUGAGAUACAGCUCUUUAAACUGCUUGAAGUGCCCCUGAAUGUCUCUGUUUUAAAGUAGCUUUUUGUUUGUUUGUUUGUUUGUUUGUUUGUUUGUUUGUUUGUUUGUUUGUUUGUUUGUUUGUUUGUUUGUUUGUUUGUUUGUUUGUUUGUUUGAGUUAAAUGUGAAAAUGUGGACCUGCCUUAAUCUACAGUUGUGGUAAGAAGUUACAUACAAUACAUCAUAGGGAUAAAUCCAGCACCAGUAACUUAAGGAACUAAGUUAGUA